UCGUUUUUGGCCGAAUAAUAGUUGGAGGCCAAAAUGUGUUGGUCCACCGGCUACUACAUUGGCUUGUUCAAACUUUGCUGCAAUACCCAGAACCAUGCACUUGUAAAGAAGCUCCAUUGUCACAUAAUCAGAAACUUGACGCACCCAGAAACUAUUCUUAUUAAUAAACUCAUUGAUGCAUAUGGAAAGUCGGGUAACUUAAGGUAUGCGCGCAAUUCGUUCGAUGAAAUGUCUCAGCCAAACCUUUUCUCGUGGAAUACCAUCCUUUCGGCAUAUUCCAAAACGGGGUACCUUUCUGAGAUGCAAAAGAUCUUUAACGGAAUGCCAGCUCGUGAUGGUGUCUCCUGGAAUGCACUUAUUUCAGGGUACGCGUCAUUUGGUUCAUUGGCUGAGUCUGUAAAGGUUUAUAAUUUGAUGUUAUGUGAUGGAACUGUCAGUUUGAAUCGAAUUACUUUCUCUACGAUUCUUAUGCUUGCAUCAAGUAAGGGUUGUGUUGACUUGGGUAGACAGGUUCAUGGGCAAAUAGUGAAAUAUGGGUUCGAGUUAUACUUAUUUGUUGGCAGUACUUUAGUGGACAUGUACUCCAAAGCGGGAUUGAUAUAUGAUGCAAAGCUAGUUUUUGAAAAGAUUGUGGACAAAAAUGUGGUUAUGUACAAUACAAUGCUUACCGGGCUUUUACGGUGUGGAUUGAUAGAAAAUGCCGAGUGCCUGUUUAGUAGAAUGCCAGAAAAAGAUUCGAUUUCGUGGACUACAAUGAUUACUGGAUUCACCCAGAAAGGUUUGGGCAGAGAAGCGCUUAACAAGUUUCGAGAUAUGAGAUUGGAAGGUUUAACUAUGGAUCAAUUUACAUUUGGUAGCGUAUUGACUGCAUGUGGAGGACUCUUGGCCUUGGAAGAAGGCAAGCAAAUUCAUGCCUUUAUUAUUAGGAAUUAUCCCAAGGAUAAUGUCUUUGUGGGGAGUGCUCUUGUUGAUAUGUAUUGCAAGUGUAGAAAUAUAAAAUAUGCUGAUACAGUUUUCAACAGAAUGCCAAGCAAGAAUGUGGUGUCUUGGACGGCUAUGGUGGUUGGUUAUGGCCAGAACGGACACAGCGAAGAAGCUGUUAGAAUUUUUUCUGAGAUGCAGAGAUAUGGGGUUGAGCCAGAUGAUUUUACUCUAGGAAGUGUAAUUAGCUCAUGUGGAAACCUAGCGAGCUUAGAGGAGGGCUCCCAGUUUCAUGGUCGGGCAAUUGUUUCCGGGUUAGUUUCGUUCAUUACAGUUUUAAAUGCAAUUGUUACAUUGUAUGGUAAAUGUGGAUGCAUCGAGGACGCUCAUAAGCUGUUUAAUGAGAUGAAGGUAAGGGAUGAAGUCUCCUGGACUGCAUUGGUUACAGGGUAUGCCCAGUUUGGAAAAGCCAACGAAACGAUUAACUUGUUUGAAAAGAUGUUAUUCCAUGGUUUUAAACCAGAUGGAGUUACUUUCAUUGGUGUUCUUUCUGCUUGCAGUAGAGCAGGACUGGUGGAUAAAGGGCAUCACUAUUUUGAGUCAAUGGUGAAAGAACAUGGGAUAACUCCAAUUUCUGAUCACUACACUUGCAUGAUUGACCUUCUCAGUCGAGCUGGAAGGUUAGAAGAAGCAAAAUACUUUAUAAAUGCAAUGCCUCAUAAACCUGAUGCAAUUGGUUGGGUCACCUUGUUGAGUUCAUGCCGGAAUCAUCGCAACAUGGACAUUGGUCAGUGGGCAGCUGAGUCUCUUCUGGAAUUAGAACCCCAGAAUCCUGCAAGCUAUGUAUUGCUCUCAAGUAUCUAUGCUGCUAGAGGGAAAUGGGAUGAUGUGGCCAAAUUGAGAAGAGAUAUGAGAGAUAAGCAGGUGAGAAAGGAACCGGGAUGUAGUUGGAUCAAAUAUAAGGGAAAAGUACACAUUUUCUCAGCAGAUGACUGGUCAAACCCAUAUUCUGAUCAAAUAUACUAUGAGCUGGAGAAACUAAAUUACAAAAUGAUAGAGGAAGGUUAUGUGCCAGAUAUUAGCUAUGUUUUCCAUGAUGUAGAGGAGUCUGAGAAGAUGAAGAUGCUUAAUUAUCACAGUGAGAAGCUUGCAAUUGCUUUUGGGCUGAUAUUUAUUCCAUCGAGUCUUCCCAUACGAGUGGUUAAAAACCUCCGAGUUUGUGGUGAUUGUCACAAUGCCACUAAAUAUAUUUCUAAGAUCACCAAAAGAGAGAUACUUGUAAGAGAUGCUGUUCGGUUCCAUUUAUUUAAAGAUGGGAAAUGUUCCUGUGGUGAUUUCUGGUGAUAAUUCAGUUUUUGUAUUAGCAAAUUAUUUUUAAGAGGAUAGUGAAAAAAUCAGGAGUAUGGCUAGAAAGGGUGACUAGCGUUGGAAAGUCACUUGAUUAUUUAUCAUCAUUUUGCAGCAAUCAACUUUCAAGGAAUUACUAAGUUGAUGCACUAACUGGCUUUUGGUCCCAGUUGAUUUAGAAUGGAUAGUAUUGUGAACCUUACCAACGACAUUUUACUAGCAAUUAUCGUCCGGUUGUUGAUUUCAGUUUGUUGUGGUUGUACCUGGCUAAGGAUCAUGAACAUGAGUGGGGUUGGAUUAAGCUUUAGCGGACAAAAAUCUAUUGAGGCAACUUACAAACCAUUGAGAGAUGUGUACUUAUUUCCUGCACAAAGUGGAUUUAUGCUUUACACUCAAGCAUAAGAUGUUAAAAUAUGCUUGUUGAUAUGUCCACCAAAGCGUUGUGCACACAUUUGUGCAAGAGUGGCAUUGGAAUAUAUACUACAUUUUUGUCCUUAAUUCAUUUGAGCAAAGUUAUGGUGACG